AUGCGCGGCACCUUGAUCUUCGCGGGCAGUUCAUGCCCGGCCCUCACGGGAAAAAUAUGCGAGAAUCUGGGCAUGGCGCCGGCUGAUGCCGAGCUCUCCCAAUUCUCCAAUGGCGAAACGAGUGUCAGAAUUCUCACCAGCGUGCGCGAGAAGGACGUGUUCGUGAUACAGUCAGGCAGCCCCAAGAUCAACGACACCAUUAUGGAGCUGCUCAUCAUGAUCUCCGCCUGCAAAGGAGGAUCUGCCAACAAAAUUACCGCUGUACUACCUUAUUUCCCUUACAGCCGUCAGUCGAAGAAGAAGUCGCACCGUGGAGCCAUCACUGCGAGGAUGCUGGCCAAUCUCCUUGGUGUCGCCGGCGUCAAACACGUCAUCACGGUCGACCUCCACGCGUCCCAGAUGCAAGGCUUCUUCAAAUGUCCAGUUGACAACCUGCACGCGGAGCCUCUGAUCGCUCGCUGGAUCCGGCACAACGUGCCCAAUUGGAAAGAGGCAGUGGUGGUGUCAAAGAAUGCAGGCGGCACCAAACGAGUUACGUCGCUGGCCGACGCUCUUAAGCUCAACUUUGGCAUGGUCACGACAGACAAGAAGAGAGGUUCCAACAUGACGGCCAGCAUGAUCAUGAACCACCUUGAUGGGAUAGAGCGGCAGCCCUUCCUCGAAUCCAUCAGCAAUCAGGUGCGUAACAACUCAUCGGGGCCCGAGAAUGGAACUGCCCCUGCAGACAACGGACAGCCGCGAGCCUCGCGCUCUGUCGCCGAUGCCAAUGGGUCCCCGCGGCGUGCUAAUGGCCUAUCGGCCCGCACCCCGAGCCACCCCAGACCUCACUCGCGAGCGCAAGCGCUGUCUCAGGCAUCAACAUUGAGUGAACUGGACGAGGAGUCGGAGCCUGACGGCCCCGAGUACAACGACCAACGGGCUCAUGAAGUGACACACGGCCGGCUGGUCCAGGGCCAUAUCGUGCCAGACGAUUUCCCGUCGCCCGCCACGUCUGCUGCAGACGCGAGCGUCAUCGAGGAAGACCCCAUGGCCAUGUCACACGCCUCGUCCUUCUUUGCUCAACCUCACGCUUUGGGCGGGUCGGGAGAUGCGGCAAGCUCUGACGAGGAGGAUGAAAUUCUCAAGAACCCCAAAAUCGAGCACAUGAUCACUCUGGUCGGAGACGUGAAGAAUCGUACGGUUCUCAUUGUCGACGACAUGAUCGACAAGCCCGGCUCCUGGAUCGCUGCUGCCGAGACUGUUGUCAAGCGCGGCUUUGCUAAGAGAGUGUAUUGCAUCGCAACCCAUGCCGUCUUUGGAGCCGACUGUCUGGAGCAAAUGCAAGCCUGCGAUUGUAUUGACGCCAUUGUUGUGACCAACAGCUACCCUAUUCGGGAAGACAAGGCACGCAAUGCUAGCAAACUGGUUGUGCUCGAUCUCUCUUUUCUUCUCGCUGAGGCGAUUCGCCGGAACCAUUAUGGCGAGUCGAUGUCACCGCUGUUCCUACACAUGGGGGAUUAA